GGAUGAUGAGCUGAGUUGUAGUUAGUGAGUGAGUGAGUUGAGAGGAUAAGGUUUUUACGGAAAUCAGUGACAAGUUUUCUGGUGCAGACCAAUACUUCUUCUCCACCCUUCCCAUCACCAUAAAUACAUAUUUAAUAAUCCAACUUUUUUAUUUUAUUUUAUGUAUUUGCAUACAUAGAAAUAUAUGUGUGUGAGAGGCAAAGUCUCUUCAGCAUGCAGCACUGACUCUUUUUUCGCAUGGAUCGUAAAAAAUGCUUCUGAUAUUAUCAUGAUCUGGUUUCUCGGUUUGCUAAAUACACCUCCCCUGUUUCGCAAUCCACCCGAAGUUCCAUCUUUUAUCUACUUCUGGCCACUCCUUUCCUUGGGCUUCUGGUUUUUUCUGAUAAAUCAACCUCCACACUGACCAUUUUCAGAGCAACCCACCAAUGACAGAUUGGAGUGGUAUGAUGAGCAAACCCAGUGGUUUUGGUGGGGGAAGAAAUAAUGAAGAUUUUGAAGAAGAAGAUGUGUGGAGUUUUGUGAAGUCUCAUAAUAAUAACUCACCUGUUACUGCUGCUGCUUCUUUUUCUUCUUCGCCUUCGUCCUCCUCUGCAUCUGCAUGGCGCCUCCCUACUGCUCUAAGAACAAUCCCAAGCGCCAAUAGUAAUCCUCCAGCUGUCCAUGAAGUCCAAAAAUCUGCUCCAGUGGCAAUCCCUGAUUGGUCAAAAAUUUAUGGCAAGAGUGCGAAGAUCGGUUCUUGGGUUCAUCACCAUGAUGAUGGUGAUGUGCAUGGUGUCAAUGGUGAUGGCGAUGGUGAUGGUAAUGGUAAUGGUGAUGGUGGUGAUAAUGAUGAUGGUGGCGAUGAUGAUGGCAUGGUUCCUCCACAUGAAUGGCUUGCCAGAAAGCUUGCAAGAAGCCAGAUUUCAUCAUUCUCUGUGUGCGAAGGGAUUGGAAGAACACUCAAAGGAAGAGACCUCAGCAAAGUAAGGAAUGCCAUUUUGACUAAAACUGGUUUUUUAGAGUAAUUAUUUGGAACAAGUCCGUCCAAUUAAUAUAACGUCAAUGUUUAGAAAUGUUAGUUAACCGGCUUAGGUAAGUCGUUCUAUAUUUCAAGUGCUCAUUUCUUUUGUAUGGAAGUGGAACGAGGUGGAGAGUCUUGUGGCUAAGAGAAAAUCAGAGGUGCUUCAAGUGAAAAAAAUGGAAUUAAGAACCAUUUGGCAGCCUCUGAGAUUUUGUAUGGUGGUCACUACUAGUCAAGUAAACAAGGAAUUAGAAAAUCUUGAUG